GUUGGAAACAGGAGAGAAAAACAUUGUGAAUAGUUAAAGUAACUAGGAAAAUAGCGAUACAAAUUUGAAACUACCGCUCAUUUUGCACAUAAAGGUAAGUGUGCUGACAUACUCUCCAAAACAAGCUAGCUACUUUAUGGUAGAAAAGCGAAACAUCUACCACAACGCAGCCUGGACGUUGGAUGUCAUUCAUUUAGCCGCUAACUAGCUAGCUAAGAGAUUACUGUAACUAUUAGCUAUCUGUUUAUGAAGUUGCACAUGUUCGGCCUUUUCAAAGCGAAGCAUUGUUUUUGAGGUGUGAGUUUGAUGGGUUUAUUUUUCAUUAUUAUCUCAAUUUACCUGCCAAUGCGUGCAGUAUCUAGCUAACAUUAACGUGCAGUUCCUGUGUGUAUGUACCUGAAACGUUGUACAUAAACAUCUGAAUCAAUAACACAGCUAACUAAUUGCAGAAUUGGAGUAGACAACAUUCAUUGGUUUGUAGAAGGUACUCUUUGCAGAAAGCUAAAUCAUGUGCGGGUGGGUGAUGCAAUUAAAAUGCUAAUCCAUUAUAGUUUCCCCUUACUCAGUCCCUUUCACAAUGGAGACGGAUCUGUAUGACGAGUUUGGGAACUACAUUGGUCCAGAACUAGACUCUGACGAGGAUGAUGAUCUGGAGGCAGACAACAGAGAUGUGGAUGAGGUUUGUUUACUGAAAUCAACAGCCAGCCUAGACAUGAAUGCACAUUACAAUGCAGCCUAACCAAAAUGAAGUAGGGGUGUUUAUAAUGUCUGGUCAAUUCAUGACAUGCUUGUGUCCCUCUCUGCUCUGUGAAGGCUGAUGAGGAUGAUGAUGAUGAGCCGGCUGAUGCUGAUGAAGAUGUCCCAGGGAUGGAGGUAGUUCUGCACGAGGAUAAGAAAUACUAUCCUACAGCAGAGGAAGUGUAUGGGCCGGAGGUGGAAACUUUAGUCCAGGAAGAGGACGCACAGCCCCUCACAGGUCAGACACUACACAUACACACAGUUUCAAUAAUACACACUCAAGCACAUGGAUGCAUUCAUUCAGAAAUGGUAGUAUUAAACUGAUUCCCAUUUUCUCUCCAUCCCAAUCAGAACCCAUCAUCAAGCCUGUAAGGAACAAGCAGUUCACUCUGAUGGAACAGGAGCUGCCUUCCACUGUUUAUGACAUGGAGUACGUUCACCAGUUUCACUGUUGUAAACUAGACCUGCGUCUGUCUGUCUCUCUGUCUAUUCUCACAAAUGGUUGAUGUUUAACCCCUUUCCUCCUUUGUGCAGGUUCCUGGCUGACCUGAUGGACAGUCCAGAGCUGAUCCGUAACGUCACUCUGUGUGGCCACCUGCAUCACGGCAAGGUCAAACACUCAGCAUUUGACCUGCUUUAGUAACAGACCAGGCUAGAUCAUAGCUGUUAGUAGCUAGACUAUUUGCCUUAUUGUGAUUUAAUGGAUUUGUUUCUUGUCUGCAGACAUGUUUCGUGGACUGCCUGAUUGAACAGACACACCCAGAGAUCAGGAAGAGAGACGACAUGGAUGUGAGUUUACUCUCCAGCUAGACUACACUGCCCCAAACUUGCUGCUCACCUUUCAUCCUAAUUUGGAGAAAUCCUCUAACCAGUUGUAAUCUGAAAUACUCUUGUGUAUACUGUAAAUGAGCCAUUCAUUCACUGUGUUUUUCUUUGGUGCUUCAGCUCCGUUACACAGAUAUCCUCUUCACUGAGCAGGAGGUAAGUUGUUGUUAUUGUAUUCAGAGCUAUGACAAGUUGAUGCAGAAUUGUGUAUCUCCCAUAUAAGUGCAUUGUGUUGACUCCUAUGGGGUGCCUCCACAGAGAGGGGUUGGUAUCAAGAGCACCCCCGUCACAAUGGUACUUCCAGACUCCAGAGGCAAAUCCUUCCUCUUCAACAUCAUGGACACACCAGGUAUGCAGGAAUGUAGGGGAGAUUAAAAGAGUAAUCAAGGGUGGUUGAUUUAUAUAAUUUACCGCCUCGCUGUGUGAUGUUAGGUUGGCUGCUUUAGAAAGGCAGAGCGGAACCUCAUACCCUUUGUCAUCCCUGCAGGCCACGUGAACUUUUCGGAUGAGGUGACAGCAGGCAUCCGACUCUCCGACGGCAUCGUACUUUUCAUCGACGCAGCAGAAGGAGUGAGUCCACUUACUUUUAAUACUUUUUUUAUUUUUAACUCAAAUCCCCAUUCACCUCUGCAUCUCUGUAUUGUGUCGCACUUCCAUUAUCAUACUUUGCUUCAGUGUUUGGCCUAAAGACUCAGGCUUUUGUGUUUCCACCUCUGAGGCUUGGCCCCAAAAAGUCAAAUGUACCAUUCCUCCCCUAACCCAGGCAUCUGCCCCGCUGUGUGUCUUUAGGUGAUGUUGAACACAGAACGUCUGAUCAAGCACGCAGUCCAGGAGCGUCUGGCCAUCACCAUCUGCAUCAACAAGGUGGACCGCCUCAUCGUGGAGCUCAAGCUGCCCCCUACAGACGCCUACUACAAACUACGCCACAUAGUGGACGAGGUCAACGCCAUGCUCAGGUACUGACGUGGGGAGAGCCUGAUAACCAUGGCUAGGGGCAAACACUGAGGGGUGUGGAGGAAAGGAAAUAUCGGAAUGAUUUCAGAUGAGAUUACUACGUGUAGCAAGCAGAGCACUGAGCAUUUGUAAAGAAGAUUCCAUUGCAGAAUGAAACCAUGAAUGUGAAAACAAAACUUCUAGCAUUGAGAGUAGCCUGUUGUAGUGUCCAGUGUGUGUCAUUGACCGUGGCUCCUCUCUCCCCUUUCCCUCAGCACCUACUCUACAGAUGAGAACCUGGUGGUGUCUCCUCUCCUGGGGAACGUGUGUUUCGCCAGCUCUCAGUACUGUGUCUGCUUCACCCUGGGCUCCUUCGCCAAGAUCUACUCCGACACCUAUGGUGAGACGACCCCUCCCCCCAGAAAACAAGCACAGUUCCACACACUGGUCACUUUCUCCCACACCUCUUACAAAUUACACUGUUAACCCUUCUCUCUGGUGUUGCAGGUGACAUCAACUACACAGAGUUUGCCAAGAGGCUGUGGGGAGACAUUUACUUCAACCCCAAAACGUAAGUGGCUUUCAUUUAGGAGCAUUUAGACUUCUCAUUUAGGAACAUUUAGACUUUUCAUUUAGGGUCAUUUAGAGUUUUUGUCUGUAAUGAAGAAAGAACCCUGUUUUGCCUUCUUUCCUCAGGCGCAAAUUCACUAAGAAAGCACCCACUAGUAACUCCCAGCGUAGCUUUGUGGAGUUUGUGCUGGAGCCUCUGUACAAGAUCCUAUCCCAGGUAAGACCACUUUAACCAAUCAUCUCCUAGAAAACAAGUCUUAUACGCUACAUGCACAGAUUAGCACUUUUGUGUAGACAUGUCUGUUCCCUCAAACACAGUAUCCCUGAGUCCAAAAAAGGAAAAGGUGAUUGCAUCUCCCAUAAAAGACCGCAACAGUUUUUUUUUCAGUUCACGGUGCUCUUAUUUAAAAGCUGACGCAUUGCGACCUCGAUCGGUCUUUGUCAGAAAAAGGAAGCUUUGAGAAAGGCAGAUCGAGAUCGAAACACGUCAGCUUUUGAAAUAAAUAGGCGCACCAUGAAUUGAAAAGUGUUGUUGCGGCCUUUUAUGGGAUAUGCCAUCACAUUUUCUUGUUUGGACUACAUUACUUUACCCAGAAGACCACCCUAUUCCAUAAGUAGCGCUAGCACAUCUCAACAUUACACUACACCAAUGACUUAUGGCCCUCUCUCUCUCUCUCCCUCCCUUCUCUCUCUCUCCCAGGUGGUGGGUGAUUGUGACACGUCUCUGCCUCGGGUGCUGGAUGAGCUGGGGAUCCACCUGGUCAAAGAGGAGCUGAAGCUCAACAUCAGACCUCUACUCAGGCUGGUCUGUAAACGCUUCUUUGGCGAGUUCACCGGUACGUACGCCUCCCGCCACCCCUGUUUCCUCUCUAACCUCUACUGCCUCCUCAUAUACCGCUCAAUAACUAUAUCUCAUGUUUAAUCUUAUUCACAGAGGUCAUUUACAGUUGAGACAUGUUUAUCUUCUGCCUAAUUCUAUUGUAUGCGUUCUCAUUAUAGGCUCUUACUGUACGUUUGCGUACACGAUGACUCACUGUAUGUGGUUAAGCUAUUACCUCUCUGGCCAGUGUAUCUGCAUACAGCCUUGGAUAAUCAGUGGUGUAAUUGGACACAAUCUUAUGUUUCUGGUGAAUGUGACAAACAUACAGUGAGGGAAAAAAGUAUUUGAUCCCCUGCUGAUUUUGUACGUUUGCCCACUGACAAAGACAUGAUCAGUCUAUAAUUUUAAUGGUAGGUUUAUUUGAACAGUGAGAGACAGAAUAACAACAAAAAAAUCCAGAAAAACGCAUGUCAAAAAUGUUAUAAAUUGAUUUGCAUAUUAAUGAGGGAAAUAAGUAUUUGACCCCUCUGCAAAACAUGACUUAGUACUUGGUGGCAGCAGGUGGCUUAGUGGUUAAGAGCGUUGUGCCAGUAACCGAAAGGUCGCUGGUUCUAAUCCCUGAGCCGACUAGGUGAAAAAUCUGUCUGUGCCCUUGAGCAAGGCACUUAACCCUAAUUGCUCCUGUAAGUCGCUCUGGAUAAGAGCGUCUGCUAAAUGAUGAAAAUGUAAUGUAAUGUUGUAGUUGGCCACCAGGUUUGCACACAUCUCAGGAGGGAUUUUGUCCCACUCCUCUUUGCAGAUCUUCUCCAAGUCAUUAAGGUUUCGAGCCUGACGUUUGGCAACUCGAACCUUCAGCUCCCUCCACAGAUUUUCUAUGGGUUUAAGGUCUGGAGACUGGCUAGGCCACUCCAGGACCUUAAUGUGCUUCUUCUUGAGCCACUCCUUUGUUGCCUUGGCCGUGUGUUUUGGGUCAUUGUCAUGCUGGAAUACCCAUCCAUGACCCAUUUUCAAAGCCCUGGCUGAGGGAAGGAGGUUCUCACCCAAGAUUUGACAGUACAUGGCCCCGUCCAUCGUCCCUUUGAUGCGGUGAAGUUGUCCUGUCCCCUUAGCAGAAAAACACCCCCAAAGCAUAAUGUUUCCACCUCCAUGUUUGACGGUGGGGAUGGAGGAGAACAGGGUGAAAGUGUUGUGGUCAGAUGAGACCAAAAUCAAGCUCUUUGGCAUCAACUCAACUCGCCGUGUUUGGAGGAGGAGGAAUGCUGCAUCAGACGGGCCUGUAUAUGUGCUUUCUUGAGCAGGGGGACCUUGCGGGUGCUGCAGGAUUUCAGUCUUCACGGCGUGGGUGUGUUACCAAUUGUUUUCUUGGUGACUAUGGUCCCAGCUGCCUUGAGAUCAUUGACAAGAUCCUCCUGUGUAGUUCUGGGCUGAUUCCUCACCAUUCUCAUGAUCAUUGUAACUCCACGGUGAGAUCUUGCAUGGAGCCCCCGGCCAAGGGAGAUUGACAGUUAUUUUGGUUUCUUCCAUUUGCGAAUAAUCGCACCAAAAUGUUGUCACCUUCUCACCAAGCUGCUUGGCGAUGGUCUUGUAGCCCAUUCCAGCCUUGUGUAGGUCUACAAUCUUGUCCCUGACAUCCUUAGAGAGCUCUUUGGUCUUGGCCAUGGUGGAGAGUUUGGAAUCUGAUUAAUUGAUUGCUUCUGUGGACAGGUGUCUUUUAUACAGGUCAAGAGUGUGCUCCUAAUCUCAGCUCGUUACCUGUAUAAAAGACACGUGGGAGCCAGAAAUCUUUCUGAUUGAGAGGGGUCAAAUACUUAUGUCCCUCAUUAAAUGCAAAUCAAUUUAUAACAUUUUUGACAUGUGUUUUUCUGGAUUUUUUUGUUGUUAUUCUGUCUCUCACUGUUCAAAUAAACCUACCAUUAAAAUUAUAGACUGAUCAUUUCUUUGUCAGUGGGCAAACGUACAAAAUCAGCAGGGGAUCAAAUACUUUUUUCCCUCACUGUACUAAUGUGAAGCCAAGCAUGACCUCCCUCCCUCCCCCUGCAGGCUUUGUGGACAUGUGCGUGCAGCACAUCCCCUCACCACAGGGGGGCGCCAAGAACAAGAUAGAGCACAGCUACACUGGAGGACUGGACUCAGACCUGGGGGAGGCCAUGGCAGAAUGCGACCCUGAUGUGAGUGUGACAGAGUGGGAAACACAAGCCCUGGGGAUGUGGGCUGGGGGUGAGAAGAGGCUAGAAGAAGACGGAUGGUAGUUGGUUUCUAAUAGGUGGAAUCUGUUUCCAGUGUUAAUCAAUAGCCUCAUUGCAACUGGAACCGCAAUUAAGCAAGCGGGUGAUUGGAAUUGACUGGGAGUGAAGUGAGUUAUUUAAAAAAAACCAAUAGAUGGAAGAAGCCAGGACAAUGAAGGGCAUUGAUCACAAACAUUCCAAAUGCCCUUUAGAGAUCCUCUAGCCAAUAAUGAAGUGAGAGGCUUGAGAUGUAACAAAUAGUUGCUUUUGAAUUGUCACACUGCUCUGUUAGAUAAACGUAGUUAUUAACCUUUUCUAUUUCCUUUUAACCCUCUUUCCUCUCUCCCUAUAUCCUUCCUUUAUUGCUCGUUCUCUUUCCCCUCUUCUCUCCUCCUCCCAUCAGGGUCCUCUGAUGUGCCACACCACUAAGAUGUACAGUACGGAGGACGGGGUGCAGUUCCAUGCGUUUGGCCGAGUGCUGAGCGGUACCAUCCAGGCGGGCCAGCCAGUCAAGGUGCUGGGAGAGAACUACACUCUGGAGGACGAGGAGGACUCACAGGUCUGCACGGUGGGACGCCUCUGGAUCAACGUCGCCAGGUAAUGGGUAUCACUGUUAAUAUGCCACCUCGUGGACACAUCAUUUGGCCUGCAUCCCAAAUGGCACUCUAUUCCGUACAUGGUGCACUAAUUUGGAUCAGAGCUUUAUGGGCCCUGGUCAAAAGUAACGCACUAUAUAGGCAAUAGGGUGCCAUUUGGGGUGAAGCCUGAAUGUUCAUUAUAACAAGUUGUCGGUUAUGUAUUCAUUAGUCAAACACCCCUGUUGGGUUUCUUCUCUAGUCUCUGGUCCUCAAUAUUAUUAUUAUAAUAAUUUGGUGGGUGCUUAUAUUUGUCCUAUUUCACACAUGUUCAAGUGUGUAUUAUACACGUGUGAAUUGGAAAUGUGUUUUUUGCUUAUCUCAACUCCCCCUGAGACGUCAAUAUAUGACAUCUCUAAGUGUUCAGUAUGAGAAGUUGUCGGUCCUUUACACCAACAGUUCUAGCUCCAAACCCCUUCAUGUUCUAAACCACAGAUACCAGAUAGAGGUGAACCGUGUGCCUGCUGGAAACUGGGUUCUCAUUGAGGGCUGUGACCAGCCCAUCGUCAAGACAGCCACCAUCACCGAGCCCAGAGGGAACGAGGAAGCCCAGAUCUUCCGGCCGCUCAAGUUCAACACGGCGUCUGUCAUCAAGAUCGCUGUGGAGCCAGUCAACCCGUCAGAGCUGCCCAAGAUGUUGGACGGACUGAGGAAGGUCAACAAGAGCUACCCCUCCCUCACCACCAAGGUGGAGGAGUCAGGCGAACAUGUUAUCUUGGGUACUGGGGAACUCUACCUGGACUGUGUCAUGCACGACCUGCGGAAGAUGUACUCUGAGAUCGACAUCAAGGUCAGUUCUCACUCUCUCACAUGUCCCUUCACCCAAUUGGAACAAACUCAUCUUCCUGUAUUAUAAUUGUAACAUCUUGAACAAAAUACCCUUUGUCUAGUGUUAUUCCUUGAUUAGUUUUUUCAGUACUGAGUCUCCCUUUCCUCUUUCUCCCAGGUGGCUGACCCCGUGGUGACUUUCUGUGAGACAGUAGUGGAGACAUCGUCUCUCAAGUGCUUUGCCGAGACGCCAAACAAGAAGUAAGCGUCCACCAUUAUCUCCCAUGGGUCACCAUUGAACUAGCCUACAGUACACUAAACGACUAGUGUGUGAAUCCCAAAUAGCACCCUAUUUCCUUUUAUAGUGCACUACUUUUGACCGGUGGCCAGAGGGUUUUGACCAGCCCUCAUAAGGCUCUGGCCAGAAGUAGUGCACUAUAUAGGGAAUAGGGUACCAUAUGGGAUGCAUUCUGUUUCAUGUUGAGGUGUGAUAUUAGCGUGCUGGGUCUAGACCAGCUGGAUGGGAGACGGAGUGCUGUGUCUGUUUGACUGGCGGUUGUGUGUUUUGAUUGACAGGAAUAAGAUCACCAUGAUUGCCGAGCCUCUGGAGAAGGGCCUGGCUGAGGACAUAGAGAACGAGGUGGUGCAGAUCACAUGGAACAGGUACGGGACACACACCUGCACACCUCCUAUUCAUACAAAGAGUUCACCUGCUGUAUCCUUCUAGCUGUCCACAUAUCAGUGUCUCAACCCAAACAGACACCAGCCAUCACAGAACACCUGUCUUGACCAUACCUUGAGGCCUAUCCUCCUAUCCACAGCUGUAGCCCUGUGUGUGUGUGUGUGUGUGUGUGUGUUUUGGAAGUGGACAGUGUCAGGCCCGCUGUAUGCUGCUCAUCUGUGAACCCAUCUGGGCCUGGCAUUGCCAACGUGAGCCACAGUGCCAAGGCAGUGACACACUAACUUGACAACCCAUUAAACAAACUCUGUCCCCUCUGUUCCUCUUCCUGUCACCCCCCCCCUCAUCCCCACGGACACCACUCACUAAUCCUUCCUGUUGUUUAAUCUCUGGUUCCAGGAAGAAGCUAGGAGAGUUUUUCCAGACCAAGUAUGACUGGGAUCUGCUGGCUGCCAGGUCUAUCUGGGCUUUUGGGCCCGAUACCACCGGGCCUAACAUCCUGGUAGAUGACACCCUGCCUUCUGAGGUGAGACCAGGGCUCUGGGGUCAGGCUGGGUUGGGAUGUGGAGAGUUGGGUAGGGAUGGGCUAGGGGAGAUGGGGUGUGGAUGGCUGGUGGUCUUUGGGUCAGGCUGGGGUAGGUUGGCCAGGCCAGGCUCUGAGGUGAGGCUCUGGGGUCAGACUGGGCUGCUUUGUGGGUCAGCCUGCCUGUCUAGGCCUAACUGUAAACAGACUGUCAGUGCGUGUUGGAGUGAUUUCUGGACGAGUGUUCUGGACGAGUGUUGGCCCUCUGUUGACACCGGCGUGAUCAUGGUGACAUUGACCCAUUGAAUGGCACGGACAGCAGUGCCCGGUCAUUGGGCGCAACAACCUCUGUCUUGUGUUAGUGUUAUGCCACCUGGAAGUCAAGAAAAUGUAUGCUCAAUGAGAACAAUCAAUCUCUCCAUAUUGAUCUUUGAUUGUUAUGACACUGAAUCACACUGUAGGGUGUAAUGAAGGCAAUUUUGUGUCCAUUUAUAUACAGACGUGUGUAGCUUUGCAUGGGUGAUAUGUCUCCAGUAAGUUGACGGCGUGUUGUUGUGUGUAGGUGGACAAGGCUCUGCUGGGCUCAGUUAAGGACAGCAUCGUCCAGGGCUUCCAGUGGGGCACCAGGGAGGGGCCCCUGUGUGACGAACGUAAGUGUCUUACCACUCUAUCUCUCACUCACACACACACACACACACACACACACACACACACACACACACACACACACACACACACCUAAUCACCUAACAGCUAUAUAUCCCCUCCCUAGCUAUCAGAAACGUGAAGUUUAAGAUUCUGGAUGCGGUCAUAGCACAGGAGCCUCUACACAGAGGAGGAGGACAGGUCAUCCCCACAGCCAGGAGAGUGGUGUACUCUGCCUUCCUCAUGGUGAGAUCCUCCCGCUCCCUCCUCUCUCUCUACCUCCCUCCCUCUCCCUUUCCUUUCUUCCAUCUCUUUCAUUAACUCUAGCUCCAUCUCUUGUUUCCUAUCCUUUUCCUCCUGAGUUUUUCUCCUGAGUUCCAUUACCUUGAUUAAAGUGCUGGUUUCUUCUGACUUGUUCUUUUUGUUGUAUUGACGUGUGAUAGUGUCCCUCUUUCAAGGGUUUCUUUUCUCUUUUUUUGGUUCCUUGCAUCCCUCCGUCAUUGCCCGCCUCUCAGCUUCUCUUCUCUCUGACUUUCUCCACAGUUCUUUCCUCCCCUGACCUCUAUCUUCUCUGCCACUGGCUCUCCCUCCUGCCCCCUCCCACUCUCUGGUUCUCCUGAUGGCUGUCCCAAUUAUUGUCCCGCUCCUGUCCCUCCCAGGCCACCCCCAGGUUGAUGGAGCCCUAUUACUUCGUAGAGGUCCAGGCCCCAGCUGACUGUGUGUCUGCUGUGUACACCGUACUGGCCAGACGGAGGUGAGCCCACAAACCACUAAAUAACUAUCAGUCUACUCUGUACCAUCCCAAUUACCCCACCCAUAACUUCUUGACUGACAUUUUUAAACCUUUAUUGUGCUGAUUGCUCAGAUGUGGUGGUUUUUGUUAUUUUAUUUGUUACAAUUCUAUCUGCUGUGUUUUGUAUUGUGCUACAGAGGUCAUGUGACCCAGGACGCCCCCAUCCCCGGGUCUCCCCUCUAUACCAUCAAGGCCUUCAUCCCAGCCAUCGACUCGUUUGGCUUCGAGACUGACCUGAGAACACACACACAGGGACAGGCUUUCUCCCUGUCCGUCUUCCACCACUGGCAGGUAGGAUCGCACGGACAGACACACGUGCGCACACACACACACACACUCACAGACAUGUGUGCCCUCUUUCUUUAUGCCCACCAGCUGUGUUAACAUACACAUGCACACACACUCGGACACAAUGAGAUGACAGAGUCACGAACCUCGUGCUCAUGCCUGCCACUCUGAGUAAAUUGGUUUUGAUGCUGACUAGGAGGGUGUUGAGUCAGCAGCUAUUGUGUACACUACAGUUGUCUCUGUCUUUCACCCUGUGUUGUGUGUGUGUCUCUCUCCUUCUCUUUGGCUGUGUCAAGCAAAAUUAAAUUGCUCCCCUCGCCCUCAUUUGCCCCAGCCUGCUUCCAGUCUCUCCUCUUCUGUAAACUGAAACGCAGGCUAUUCCUCUCCCUCUCAGUAGCGUGAUCAUCACUCCCUCCCAGUGUGGUGUGGAGAACCACCGUGUCGUGUGACACCAUUUAGCGGCCCUGCUCCAUCUGUUGAUUGGGCUGCAGACGCUCCAUUGAUUUUCCUCCCAUUCAAUCUUUCCCCCCGCAGGCCUGGGGUUUUGUUACGGCACAGUCCUAGGAAGUGGCCCAAAUGGCAUCCUAUUCCCUAUAUAGGCUAGUGCACUAAUAUUGACCAGGACCCAUAGGGCUAAAUAGGGAAUAGGGUGCCAUUUGGGAUUGGAACGCAGCCCCAUAUGGAGGAAGGAGUGAGGGAUUGCAGAGUUGGUCACAAAAUAGCCCCUCGCCUGAUUUGUGGCCAAGAGAUUCAGCCCCUCCCUCCCUCCUUGCUCUCCCUCCAACAGUCAUGUGACAUGUACCCAUGAAAGCGGGAUUGAGGUGCCAGUGAAGAUGAUAGGUUUAAGUAAUCAUUUUAAAACGCCAUUCUACUCAGAACUAGAUGUGCUAGCGUUGCAGUGAUGAAGAGCGCGUCAGAGACGGAGUGAAGUGAGAAGGCGCUGCCGUGUUAGUUUUGGCUGGCUGUAGGGCACAGACAUCCCCCUGACUCGGUAACAUGGAGAACGCCGGCUGACUAGUAGAGAAUAAAUCACGUAUUUGAGUGGUGAAAGGUUUAAGGACUGUGGUGGUGACUUUAUUAUUAGAAGUCUCUGCUCAGGUUUCUGCUUCUGUAUGUCUAGAUGUCAGUGUGUGUAUGAUAAUGUGAAGCUGUAGACUAGAUGUGGAAUUUCUCAAUCUGACCUUCGUCUUUUUCUUUUCAACCCUCUCGUGACCCCUGUUUCUACUCUCCUCUCCUCCUAGAUUGUGCCUGGCGACCCCCUGGACAAGAGCAUUGUUAUCAGGCCGCUGGAGCCCCAGCCUGCCCCUCACCUGGCCAGAGAGUUCAUGAUCAAGACCCGCCGGCGCAAGGUACGUAUGCUGCCCCACCCCCCUCACCAUGUCUGUGAGGGAAGGUGUGCUUUAUUAAGUAUGCACUGUUGCGCAGGGUCAGGCCAAUAAGCAUCAUGACAAUGUGACUGACUGUCCCUUGUUUCCAUGCAGGGUCUGAGUGAGGAUGUGAGCAUCAGCAAGUUCUUCGACGACCCUAUGUUGUUGGAGCUGGCCAAGCAGGACGUGGUGCUCAACUACCCCAUGUGAGGUGUCAGGAGAAGGGGAGACAAUGACCCAAGUACUACCCUCCUCCACCAGCACCACAACCAACAUCACCACACCACACCACACUGUAUGGGACUCAAAACCCCACUGAGGUGGGUGAACGUUGUCGCAGAGGGAAGCAGGGUCUGCCAGUUUUGUUUCCUGCCUUUAUGUUGGUGAGUUAUGUAGACUUUGUUAACCAGGUGAGGUCACUUACCAUCAUCAAUGACUUAAGUUCAUCAACGAAGCAUUGAUAUGGAACCCAACAGACCCUGCGAUCUCCUGUUAAGACUUUGCCCACCCAUGCUCUCCUUCUAGGGAGGGACUUUUAUUAUGAUAUAAUCUACAGUUGUAGGGGUUGGCGUGAUGUGGGAUAGCAACAUCUGACACCUCGUCAUCAGCACAAUUAAUAAUACUGCUGAGGUGUUUCCCGUCUCAUCAAUGUCUUGUUUAUUUUUUUACAUGUAUAAAUUCCCAAAUGUUUUGUAGAUGUAAGAUGACUUGAAAGCAGGCUUGAUUGUUU